AAGUUUCCUUCCAGGAAGUGGACAGAAGACACAUCCUGAGCCGACGUAGUGGUGUCUACGGCGUUUAGAGCAACUAUUUAACAGCCUGCAACGUUUUCAAAAUGUCGGCAUAUGAUAACAACCCGUUCGCAGAACCAAACAACGAAAACCCUUUUGAAGACCCCUCUGUCACACAAGCGACCAUCUCCACAGUAGAACCAGUUGACAAAUACAACCCAUUCCCGGCCCAUCCAACAGAAGGCCUAGCCUCUCAUACCAUUCCAGCCUCUACCACCCCCUACCAGCCUGCUGUAUUACAGCCUACUGCAGAACCCAGUCCACAAGCGACUGCAGCUGCAGCUCAGGCCAAUCUGCUUAGACAGCAGGAGGAGUUGGAGAGAAAAGCUGCUGAGCUGGACCGCAGAGAGCAGCAGCUCCAGAGCAGAGCACCCACAGGCAGAGAGAACAACUGGCCGCCUCUUCCCCGUUGGUUUCCUGUCAAGCCAUGUUUCUACCAGGACUUCUCUGAGGAAAUUCCUGUGGAGUUCCAGAGGGUUUGCAAGAUGAUGUACUACCUCUGGAUGUUCCACUGUGUGACUCUGUUCCUCAACGUGUUGGCAUGUUUGGCUUACUUCACCACUAGUGCAAACAAUGGUGUGGAUUUUGGUCUCUCCAUCCUCUGGUUCAUCCUAUUCGCUCCCUGCUCCUUCAUCUGCUGGUACCGACCCGUCUACAGGGCAUUCAGGACCGACAGCUCCUUUAGUUUCUUCUUCUUCUUCUUUGUGUUUUGCUGCCAAGUGGUGAUCUUCAUAAUCCAGGCUGUAGGAAUCCCCGGGUGGGGAAACAGUGGCUGGAUUUCUGCCUUCACCAUCACAAGCUCAAACAAGGCCGUGGGAGCCAUCAUGAUAGUCGUGGCCAUCCUCUUCACCAUCUGUGCCGUGUUGUCUGUGAUUCUGCUCAAGAUGGUCCACGGCAAGUACCGCCGCACUGGGGCCAGUUUCCAGAAGGCCCAGCAGGAGUUCUCCCAGGGUGUCUUCACCAGCAAAACCUUCCAAACUGCUGCAGCCGGAGCCGCCACCUCUGCUGCUCAGGGAGCCUUCCAGGGAAACAAUUAAGCACGGUCUACCAAGGUCCAUCCACAAGUCAAGGUCUAUAGGUUACCAGGUUUAACGUCAAACCAAAGUGAAGGGAAUUUAAUGAAGAAGGCCUUUGUUUGUUUUGUUGGCCGGCACCAAAGAAACAGAUUUACUAGAAGUUAUUUAGACUCUGUGCAGCAGAUUGAUUCUAACCGCGUAACAUAUAGACCUUGAGCUGGGUGAGGUUGCGUUAACAACGGCCCCUUUGACUGCUGCCGUCAGUGCACACAAGCUUCUCCACACGCUCGUGCAGAUCUGCAGGUAAAAGUGGCGUCCUUUUGGCUUCAGGAUUUAAGAAGCAGUGGAGGAGAAAGUCUGACAGCGUGAAUGAAGAUGACUGAAUGCUACUUAGAGUGCUUAGCUGUGUGUAUAUAUUGUGUGCACUUUUUUGACAAAGCUCCUCCAUAACGUGCAACUGUGUACCGUCUUCUUGAUUGUUUUGUUUGUGUACCAUCUGAUGUGUUUGCAGUCUGCAUGUUGGUCUUUCCACACCAGUCUGCAUGUUGUUCCCCCCCCCUCUCCCCUUUCAGCACUCCCCCCCUUUUUGCCUUGGAGAAGAAUUUCCAUCAUUCAAUGCAAUUUAGCAAACAUUUUUGUGUUGCACCACGUUCAGAGUGAGGAGAAUGAGUGAGCGAUACAAUAAUGGCCAUUGAGUAAUUUAUGCUAAUUUAUGUGUGUAUAUUCAUUUGAGAGUUCCAUCCCCCCAGCCUGCAUCUGUUUGUUGGUUUUUACUCCAACUAAUCAACUGGGUUUCACAAAUUUGGUGAGGUUUGGCCCGCCCUUGAACUGAUCCGUAUAACAGGGCAGAGCCAAAAAAAAUGUAAAGUUUUUUUCUUUUAACAUUACAAAUACAGAGAACAUCUCACUCAAUAUUAAUACAACUGGUAUUCAUCAAAGGUGAUGGAAAAAGUUUUGCAUACUCUGGAAUUAAACUACGUAAAAUUUUCAUGCACAUAAUGGAUUGUUUGUUGAACUCAAUUUUCAAAACUUGCUGAAAAUGUUGGUUCUGGUCUGUAAUUGAUUGUUAAAUUUUGUGGCAGAGACCAUAUUUUCUUGAGUAUCAGCCACAGGAUGUCCCAAACUAGUUAAAAAAAAAAAAAAGACGGUACUAUUAAAAGGUGGAAGCAUGAAAUUUCUGUGUGUGUGAGAAAUGGGGCAUUAUUGUUAUUUCAUUGACUGUUUCACUUAAUGAAAAAGUUGUGGCCAACCUGUAACGGAAAAAAACUUGCAUUCUUGGUGAAAUUCUAUUGUAUGUAAUGGUAAAUGUCCCCCAGGUGGAGAUAUUGCUCCAUUUCAAGAACCUUGGAACUCGAUGAUGACCAACCUGUUGCUUACAAUAGUAGGUGAAAUUUAAAAAGUGGCGGAGUUGGGGAUGUUUUUGGCCUUGGCAGAGCCAUGCACUCAAUUUGUCUUUCUACAUUUGACAAGGUGGAACUUUCAGAUUAUGAAAAUGUGUUCAGUUUUAAAAUGUUUGUUUUGUGUGGCACCACACAUUUACUUUCAUGCUGCAGGAAAAUCACUGUGGUAUCUGAAGAUGGUGUGUCCACUGCAUAACUUAGUCACAUCUGCAUAAUGUUAAUAAAA